AGCGCACAAUCUGACGGAUCAUCGAUCAUCAGAGCUCGCAGGGAUCCGCAUCGGAGGAGCUGAUGCCUGCUUCAGAUAACACAGCUGACUCUGCGCGAGCUCUGCUCUGACAAGGACAUGAAUGAGAGGAGAUCUGAAUUCAUUUGAACAUAACGCACGCGUCUGUUUCCAGCUAUUGGAAGUGUAUUGCAAUCCACGAAAUUGAAGGAUCCAAAGGAAACGUAUGAAGUUAUGGAUUGUAGAUGGACUUUAUAAAUAUUAUCUUUUUUGACUUUUUUUUUUUUUUAAACGUGGGUACAUUCCAAGAUUCGGUUUCAGAGUGACAUACUUGUUGACUGACUUUUUUUAAUUUAUUAUUAUUUAAUUAAUUUCUACAACCCCUCACAAUGUUCCAGUACAAUAAGAAGUGCUUCACCAUUGAAUCUCUCGUUGGUAAAGACUCCAAUUCCUCCAGUUCUGCCGCGGAGGAGCCCAUCAGACCCACUGCUCUGAGGUUUACUGAAUCCAUCCAUCCUUCUCCCUUUGGGAGCUGCUUCCAGAACUCAGGCAGGACAUUGUACAGCAGCAGCCCAGAGAUGAUGUUCACAGACCCGGCCACUCACUCCAGCAACCCCGGCCUGUCUCUGCGGCACCUCCAGAUCCCCACACAGCCCUUCUUCAGUCCCCACCAGAGAGAAACCUUGAACUUCUACCCGUGGGUGCUGAGGAACAGAUAUCUGGGACAUCGAUUCCAAGGUGACGACAGUAGUCCGGAAAACCUGCUGCUACACGGACCUUUCUCUCGCAAGCCCAAGCGCAUCCGUACGGCCUUCUCCCCCUCGCAGCUGCUCCGGCUGGAACGUGCCUUUGAGAAGAACCAUUACGUGGUGGGAGCCGAGCGUAAGCAGUUAGCCAACGGGCUGUGCCUCACAGAGACACAGGUGAAAGUCUGGUUCCAGAACAGAAGGACCAAACACAAGAGACAGAAGCUGGAGGAGGAGUCGCCGGACUCGCAGCAGAAGAGGAAAGGUACUCAGCAUGUGAGCCGCUGGAGGGUGGCCACGCAGCAGGGCAGCCCCGAGGACAUUGACGUCAUUUCAGAAGACUGAUAUCACACGUCUAAUAAAACAUCAGUCAUGCUGAUGGAUCAGACUUUGUCAUUGAACAGUCGGCUGAUCGUGCACAGCUGAACAGAGACUCGACUGGAAGACUUCUGUAUGCAAUACACAUGGACCUCUUGGUUUUGGAUGGCGUUCCAUCUCAGAGCAAUGAAGACUUUUUGUAUGCUUUCUUUUGUUACACUUCUCCCUUGCUCUUUUGUUAUCAGUCAGAACAUUUCCAUUAGAAAGUAGUAUAUCGGACGGCAAAACCACCUUAAUGAAUAGAUUGAUAAAUGUUUGUAGUGUUAAAUUGCUUUAGACAUUAAACGGCCACAGUCUAACGACGAUAGGUCGAUCCAUUGUGUGAAUCGAAUAUCUCUCGUAGAUGUACUUCUGAAAAACUGGAUGUUUGUAUUCGACAAAAUGUCAAUAUUUUAUGAAUGGUGAAAUACCCUCACGGUCUUUCUAGAAAAUCACUAGUGCAGUUUCACAUCUGAAAUGGUUCUAUUUAUUCUGAAUGAGUGGACUUUUCUAUGCAUUUGAGCUCCAAGCUCAAUAUUUUAUUUAGCGUUUUACAUCGGGGUUAAAGCUUACAAAAGAUUUGACUUGUUAUGCGUGAGGAUGAUUUUUCUUUCCUUUUUUUUUAAUGGCUCUUGAACUGAUGUCAGAUAUCAGUGAAUUAGAGGCUUAGAAAAUGCUUGAAUUUCUUUCUUUGCUUAAUUAAAAUAGAAAAUAAAUCAGAUACAUCUCAGUCUAACCUCCAUGACCCAGAAUGGUUUGUAGCACUUCCUUGCAGUUUGUUUCUUUAUUGGGUGAAAAGCACUGUAAUUCCCAUCCGUUUGUCUUCAUUGUUCAGGCUUUUUUUUUUUUAUGUGUUUGUUUAACCUUUUUUCUGCAGACUAUUAGAUAAUAAAACUUUAACUUAAUGUCUGUUUGGAAAUGAUUUAUUCCUUGGUUCCCACUAUUGUUUUUAUUACUAUUAUGUUACUUUGAAUGGAUUUGAUAAGUGCGGGAACUUUAGUGUUUUUGUUUUAAUAUAAGUUACUUUUGCAUUCCUGAGCAACCACAACUUAAUUAGUUCAGUUACAUAAAGCAGACGUGGAUCGUUACUCAGAAAUACUCCCAAUAAUAAUGUAUUUACAUGAUCACACAACUUAUAAGUGCUUGAACGUGAACACAAACAUCUCCACCUUU